CCGGUAUUUUCGUACGUGCCGUGAUUGCGACACAGAAAACGCCGUGAACGGAAGCGCCCAGUGGACAUGCGUACUGGAGUUUCGGCGCAACACAAGGGAAGUGACUUACUCUGCUGUUUACUGUUUCUGGUCGAAACUAAUGCUGAAAAAAAGGUCAACUUGUCUUUGAAGCCUUUGACCUGACUACUGUACUUUAUGUCUUUCUUGCAUUGUGCUUGUUCCAAAUCUCAACUGUCUGAUUCUCCACCAGCAAGCAAGCCUUAUGACAUCACCUCCCCACCACUGUCAGAAAACAAGGUGAAGAUCACUCUCAGCAUCAAUGAGCCAUCAUCAUCAGAAGUGGUCAUCAUGCAGUUUGACAGUGUGGCCUGUGCCUAUCAGCUAUAUACUGUGAUAGGCAAAGGUCACAAAGAUACAACCACAGUGCAUCUAGCUCAGCAUUUGCCAACAGGACUGCAGGUGGCUAUUAAACGGAUUGAUCUAGAAAACUUAGAUCAGGAGUUCUCUUAUGUACAGAAAGAAGUUGUAUUAACCAAGCAGUUACAACAUGAGACUAUCCUCCCACAUUACUGUAGCUUCGUCCAUCGCCAUGAACUGUGGACAGUCAUGCCUGUUAUGGGCUAUGGUUCUUGCCGUGACCUGCUGCAUGCUUAUUUCACAGCAGGACUGCCAGAGUUAGCAGUCACAUAUAUCUUGCGGGAUGUACUGCAUGCUCUGGAAUACUUACAUAGCAGAGGUGUCAUACACAGGGGCGUGAAGGCUAGCCAUGUUUUAAUAUCAGCUAGUGGACAGGUAUGCCUCACUGGCCUCCACAACUCACUCUCCACAAUCGUAGGAGGCCAGCGGCUGCGAACAGUGUAUGACUACCCCCAACAUGCUGUUGAUUGCCUCCAGUGGUUCAGUCCGGAAAUUCUUGAACAGAAUCUGGCUGGAUACAAUACUAAAUCUGACAUUUACAGUGUGGGCAUCUUGGCCUGCGAGCUAGCCAAUGGACAAGCACCCUUUAUAGACAUGCCUAUUACUCAGAUGCUGCUUGAGAAGAUCAAUGGAACAAAACCUAUGCUAGCUGACUCCACCACAGUGGGACAGUUCAUCAUUGAUGACAACAGUGUUGAUGAAGAAGGAGAGGAUGGGAGGAAACGAACACCUGAAGAAAAAGCCCAGAAUAUUUUCUUUCAGCGCACUUUCACCCACCUUCACAACAUGGUCUCACUGUGUCUGGAGAAGGAUACUUCCCACAGACCAACUGCAACUCAGCUUCUGCAACAGCCAUGCCUUAAGUCUUUGCGCCGUAAGACAGCAGAGGUUUUGCCGGAGUUGCUACAGCCUGUGACACCACUGACAGACUUCAACAAACUUCCAAAAGAUACUGGAACUGUUGAAGAAAUAUCUCAACAUCUGAGUGAAGUGUCAAUGAUAGAGGACUGGUCAUUUUGAUUUUUAUGCAGACGAAGGAUAUAAAUACUGUGGCUAUGUGGGUAGGAAUGUGUUCAAAGGGCAUACACUGAUUAAACGGUAUCAAGAUUUUGAUCAAGAGAAGUUAGUUGCAAGAAGUUGGCAUUCAUUUGUGCUAUGUUUAUGGUCAAAACGCCAUGCAACUGUAAACACAUCUAUUGGUUGGUGGCCUUAAGUGAAGCUAGUACCGAUGUUUUCAAUGUGUAAGUGAUCAUGGUCAGACUUAAAAGAAGAAAAACACUUAUCCUCAUACUUUUCGAUUCCAGAAUUAACAACUGUUUGCUAUUAGCAGUUAUCAUGUAUAUGUGGUGGUGGUGGUUGUGUAAAGCACUUUGAGUUCACCUUAAUGGUGGAGAAAGGUGCUGUACAAAUCAUCAUCAUGAUGCUGGUUGCCAGUCAUCCCAGUAAGAAAGCCAUGUCAUGAACCUUGGUUUUCUUGUGCUACACCAAACAUUUGACAGAACUGAUUUAGUGUACAAGUGCACAAAGAGACUAAAUGAUUGACAGAAUGAAACAUAAGAUCAGUAACAAGUGGAUAUAUGUUUCUUUUCACUUCUUCUGUUAUGACCUUUCUGUUUGGGAAACAUCCUUUUUCUUCAUUUAUAGCCUGCUGUGUUAUGAGGCAAAAAUUGACAUUGAGGUAGAAAUAUGAAGCCAUGCCACUUGUUGAAGUGGGACAAAUUAACUUUAAUUAUUUGACCACAAUGCCAUCACCAAACUAAACAAUAGUCUGGUUUGGAAUAUGAAAAUAUUGAGCAUACUCUGAAGUACACUCAAGUAAAGCUGAUUGCAAACAUACCUGCAAUGAAAACAUCUGACCAUAACUGCAUAUUCAAAUAGUUGAUUUAAUAGCAGUUGCAUUUGCUUGGACAAGUUAUGUAUAAUGGCAGCUAAAAAGUGGAUGUGCAUCUGUUUACCAUCAUUACCAUGCAGGUUGAAGGAAAUGAAAACUGGUGAUCUCCUUCGACCUAUUUGGAAUUGGUAUGUCCUCUUUGAUUUGAAGAAAAGCAGAGUAGAUUAUGUAACCAGUCCCCUAGUUUCUUUACCUUCACUUCAGUAUUUCCUUUGCCAUCUUAUAUUGCUGGCUUAAGGCUAUUCUUUCUGCUGGUAAAGAAAAAUGGUUAGAUUGGUGACUUUAGAAUUGGUACUUUUUUUACUGCCUGUGUAGCUAGUCUAUCAACCUCAUUUCCAAUAUGGGAGGGAACUCAAAGGAAAUUAAUAUUUUUUUUGUUAAUUUUUUUUUUAAUGAAACCAUGUCUAACAUACCAUGUUUAUUUUGUUCAUUCAUUCGUCACUUGAUGGGUACCACUUACUGGGAGGAACACAUGGAUAGACAUGGCAGCUGAAAAGGCCUGCCACUCAUGCCUCUGUUGUGCAAGUGAGCAGGUCCUGCACUAGACAACCAGUCCACUCUUUGAUGUUCGUAAGCCAGUUUUUCCUCUGACCACUGCAGCAUCAACUGUUCUCCAAGGGCUCUGUUAGAUAAUUUGGAUUUUUUGGUACUUGGAGUGCUGACAGCAAUAUUACAAAGUGGUGCUGUUGAGUCUUAAAUUUCUGGUUGUGAUAUCUGAAGAGCUGUCUGUAUGGCAUUCAGCUCAGCUUUGAAGAUAAUCAUUAGGAUUAUGAUGUGCAUGCUGAAUGGCAGUCAGAGUUGUAUGCAUCCUGAGUAUGAUGGACAUGCUGCCAGUAGGGCAGUCAGAUGAAUGCAUCCUGACGUACAUGCUGUCCUUGGGUUUAGAGUUUACUUUAUUCAGUUACCUUAUGUUUGGUUUUAGGUUGGAUAUGGAUAAAUUAAAUUGACUUUUUAAAAUAUUUUCAAUUUAUUUUAUAGUUAGGCAAGACUAGCAGCCUUGUUUUUUAUUUAUGGCAUGUUUUUUUGUUUGGAAUACUGAUUUUUGUCUGCCAUUUAUACUCCAUUCAGAUCCUGGUGAGAAUGAAUUGAAUGUGAUUUCAGUAUGACCAUGUUGAAUAAAUGACCAAGAAGUACCUUCCGAUGUUUGUUUGCUGGUGUGUCAUUUUUGACACCAGUGUUGGCCCUUACAAAAACAGGAAAAAAAUCAGUAGAGCUGUAGGCUUUAAUUCCUUAACAAUUUUGUUGCCUUUGUUGCCAUAUAUAUCCAAGCUUUAUUAACCAAAGUAAUUAGGAAGAGUAAUGAAGGUCAAAUAUGUUCCACAUCAACACAAACAUUUCAAAUUUUUUUAGUGGGACACAGAAGAAAGCAUGCAAAACUACUGAAAUAAAAAAUAAAUUACCAGUUCUAAGUAAAAGCACAAGAAAUAGACACAACUUUCAUACCUGCCUCACCACAACCACCUCCUCCAUAUUUAUGUUCUUAAUAAAGAUGUUUUAUGCUUUACCCCACCAUCAAAGGCAUACUCAAAAUCCAAUGCACACACACACAUAAAAAUAAUAGAAGCUGGUCUCAAAAGCAGAGGUCAUUUCCUGCUUGGAGUCAGAAAGUAAAUGUCAUCAGCAUGACUAGGGUCUGCAGCCUUUGCCAACAAAUCAACCAAGAGUUUCAAAGUAAUUACAAGUUAUUGCAUUUGUACUAAAGCUGAAUUCACAAUCUAAUAAAUUAAAUUUUUAAUAGGUAUGACCUACCUUUAAAAAUACAUAUACAUAUUUUUUUUAUGUUACAACUUAAUCCAAAAAAGUCAUGCCAGUAUGUCUAUGAUGAAUACAAUAUCAAGGAAAGUGAACAGUGGCAGACAACACAUUGCUUUUUUUCUUCUCACCUGUCUUAAUUGCUUGGUGUUUUAUGCCUACUCCUGUAUGUGUGAUGCUAUCGAGCUUAUAUUUUUAUUACAUGUAUUUGUGUACCUGGGGUCCCAUUCAUACUUGCAUAAAUUUGGGCACAUUUUGUAAAUAAACUUCACCUUCUCUGAGCAAAA